AUGGCAGCAAAUAGCAGAGCCGCUCGCCUUCUAAAAGCUAUGGACAACUUAGUUACGAAGACAUGUUUUGAUCACGGCACAGUCCUCAAGAAAGUAAAGUUGCACACAGUAUCCAAUGGAGCGUUUCAAGGCAGUUUCACUGUGGAUAAAUCUAUUUGUAACAUGGGAGGUUCCUUGCAUGGAGGCUAUAUUGCAGCUGUGUCCGACGUUUUAUCAUUUUACACACAGCUCAGCAAUAAUGAUGCUAAACUUUCUUUUACUAUUGGAAUGAAUAUAAGCUACAUUGGGACAGCACUCGAAGGCGAAACAGUUAACGUGGCAACCAAAUCAUUGAAGAAAGGAAAUUCUUCAGUGGUCGAAACAUACUUCCACAACGAAAAUGGGAAAAUUUUAGCUAAAUCGAUCACUUCAUUUUUAGCUGGACCAGAACCGCUCCAAUCAUUGCCAAAAAACUUUAUAGGUUUUGAUGUGCAUGAAAAUUGA